CUUCUGUAUCAUGAGAAAUUCUAUCAUCAAUCUUGUAUUUUUGCCUUGGCCCAAUCUUCUCAUGGAUAACAGUAUCUUCAUAGAUAAUCUUCCGUAUCUUCAGAGACCUUUUACUUUCCACGUGGCCUUAUAAGGCCUAGUUCUGUCUUCAUUUUGAGGUCACUGAAAUAAUGACUGCUUAUUCUUGUACUGGACUGACCAUCGAGAAUCUAUGAAAUAUAUUACAUAAGAUACUAUAAAAACAAGACUAAAUUCCCAUACACCAAAGGAAUCAAACUGAAAACGGACAAGCCUGAAAACAACAUGAAGCAAACUUGAGACAAAACAGAUAUUUCACUGUGUACAAACAAUAGCUCUUGGCUGAUAAACAGAAAGAAGUUUUAAGGUUGUUUGUAUUGUGAUGAGAACACGUCUUGCAGAAUCACAGGUCUCCAUUAAAUGAACGGGGAUUUUCUGAUGGCUUGUGAAGGGACUGUAAGAAAGAACUGUGAGAUGUUAUUUACUAAUAGCUAGUAGACUGAUUUUAUUCUAGAUCUCUAUUUUCUAGUCUUGAUGAAAACAGUGCAAUCUCCUACGUCCCUAAGAACGCUUCUCUCUGUGCUGGCAAGGAAAUGAUAGAAGAGCAUAAUUAAGCAAUGAUGACCCUAAAGUGAAAUGUGGAUUCUUUACAAUAUACACUGUCCUUCCCACCAGCCACAUGUGUUUGUCAGAUGUUUACAGAAUCUUCAUUAACUAAGAGCUUUGCUAGAUAACAGAAGCUGAAGCAUGGCAUCAAUGACUCUGAUAAGGGCAAGUGUACAACCAAUCUGCUUGACAACUGACAAGAGGCUGGGGUUUGAAGCAGACUGCAAAAAGAACACAAGAAAGUGAUUUGCAAAGGGCAUUCCAGUUAUUUGCCUUCCAUCUCCUUUCCUCUGUCUGUAAUAAAACAAGCCUUUUAAUUAGCUAAAAUACCUUUGUCCUCUUGUCUCUCCACCAGAAAGUAAAUAUAGAAGAAAUGCAUUAUUUCGGAGUAUUAGCUGCAUUGUCUGUUUUCAACAUCAUUGCCUGUUUGACAAGAGGCAAGCCUUUGGAAGAUUGGGACAAGUUAUCAGCUAUGGGAAAGUCUGAUGCACACUUUCAUAAUCCUGAGGAAGUGGAAGAUGAGACCCAUUUCGACUUUAAAUCUUUCCUGGAGAAUAUGAAGAUGGAUUUACUAAGGAGUUUGAAUUUGUCAAGAGUCCCCUCACAAGUGAAGACCAAAGAAGAACCACCACAGUUCAUGAUCGAUUUAUACAACAGAUAUGCUGCAGACAAGUCCUCCAUCCCUGCAUCCAAUAUUGUAAGGAGCUUCAGUACUGAAGAUGUUGUUUCUUUAGCUUCACCAGAAGAAAAUCCAUUUCAGAAACACAUUUUGCUCUUCAACAUCUCUAUUCCACGAUAUGAGGAAAUCACCAGAGCUGAACUGAGAAUUUAUAUCUCCUGCCACAGGGAAGUUGGGUCUCUCUCUAGGCUGGACGGCAACAUGGUCAUUUAUGAUGUUCUAGAUGGUGACCACUGGGAAAACCCGGAAAGUACCAAAUCUUUCCUUGUCUCCCACAAUAUCCAGGAGUGUGGCUGGGAGAUGUUUGAAGUGUCCAGCGCUGUGAAAAGAUGGGUCAGGGCAGACAAAAUGAAGGCUAAAAAUAAGCUAGAAGUUGUUAUACAGAGUAAGGCUCUGGGUGGUUUCACUUGUGGGAAGCUGGAUAUCAGUGUUACCCCUGACACUAAAAAUCUGCCCCUGUUAAUAGUGUUCUCCAAUGACCGCAGCAAUGGGACAAAAGAGACCAAAGUGGAGCUCCGGGAGAUGAUUGUUCAUGAACAAGAAAGUGUGCUAAAGAAAUUAGGAAAGAACAACACUUCAUCUGAAGAGGAAGAACAGGGAGAGGAAAAGGCCAUCACUGGGCCCCACCGGCAUUUCUCCAGAAGCAAGAGAAGCAUCGGAGCCAACCACUGCCGGAGAACUUCCCUCCAUGUGAAUUUUGAAGAGAUUGGCUGGGAUUCCUGGAUCAUUGCACCAAAAGAUUAUGAGGCUUUUGAGUGUAAAGGAGGUUGCUUCUUCCCUCUGACAGAUAAUGUUACACCAACAAAACAUGCUAUUGUCCAAACUCUGGUGCAUCUCCAAAACCCAAAGAAAGCUUCCAAGGCCUGCUGUGUUCCAACAAAAUUGGAUUCAAUCUCCAUUCUUUAUAAGGAUGAUGCUGGUGUGCCCACUUUGAUAUAUAACUACGAAGGGAUGAAAGUAGCAGAAUGUGGUUGCAGGUAGUAUACAAGGCAGAAUCUCCAAGAAUAAGAAUACCCCCUUUUUCUGCUCUUUGUAAAUCUGCACAUUAGUGAUGAGAAUGAAAAUCCUUGCAAACAAGGUUUGGAGCAGGGUAUGGGACUGGUUGUUGUUGUUGCUGCUUGUUUUAAAAGAAAACUGGCAUUUAAAGAAUGGCAAUCAUUGUAAAUAGCCUGCAUUAUGUAUCAUGGCAAAGUGAAUACUGGAUUAAAAUAUUGUGAGAU